AAAAUCGAGGAGCAAUUCCUGUGGACUGGAUGUGUGCAGGCAUCCAGCUAGAAACCCAGAACUGAGCACAAGCAAUGAGUAACCUCCUCAAGAGCAAGAGCGACCCAAAGCUGAAGAAACAGGCGUCGUCUUCACAUGAACAGCAGGCAAAGAUAAAUGAGGUACGGGAACUCCUGGGUGACCUGCCCACAGAGAUGCCAGGCUUCUUGACGGACUCCACCAUCCGCCGCUUCCUCCGUACUAGAAACUGGAGCACGGUGCAAGCGACCAAGGCUCUGAAAGAAACUGUCAAGUGGAGGCGUCAGUACAGGCCAGACAAAAUCCGUUGGGAAGACAUUGCUGAAACGGAGCAGUUGUUGAAGAAAAUGUAUAUAGCUGACUACCUCGACAAGAAUGGGCGAACUGUGUUUGUAGCCAUGCCGUCAAUAAAGAGCUUAGUUCCAGCGAAGGAGCAGGUAAAACUACUAGUUUACAACUUGGAAAGUUGUACCAUGAGCUCAGAAAAUGCACAAGAAAAUGUUGUUUGGGUAGUUGAUUUCAGUGGAUGGACAGUAUCAAGUACUCCAUUGGCGGAGUCCCGUCAAUCAGUGCAUAUAAUUCAGAACUAUUAUCCAGGGUUGAUAGAUGUUGCAAUUCUUUGCAACCCUCCAAAGAUGUUCGAAUCCUUUUGGAAGAUACUAAAUUACUUCAUCGAGCCAGAGGUGAAAGAGAAAGUGAAAUUUGUCUACACUAACGAUUCCGAGUGCCAGAGAAUAAUGGCUGACAUGUUUGACCUGGACAAGCUGGAGUCUGCAUUUGGUGGCUGCAACACCUCUGGUAUCGACAUUGUCAAGUAUUCUGAGAGAAUGCAAAGAAGGGAUCAGACUAGGAAUCUUCAUAUUCCAUAAGACCAUAAUGGCAAAUCCUCUUCAUAUAUACCAUUGCGCUUGCAUAGUUCGUCUCGUAAGUGUACAAUAAUUCUACUCUCACAGCAGCAUUGAGACGACGUAGUUAGAGCAUCUCUUGGAGUUCCCCAUAUUUUGUUCAUUAAAAUAUGGUGUUUGCCUACUUUCAAAUUAGUAUCUAAAGAAAAAAGAGGUUAUCUCCAAGAAUUUCUUAUAUUUGUAUCUUAAAAGAUUUUUUUUCGGCACUUUCCCAUGACCUGAUCUUA